CCCCAGAGGCAUCGGCUGUACUUCUGCACCAUGUCCGAGACCAAGUUCGUCCGGGAGCUGCUCUGCUAUGUGCCACUGCUGCUGGCUGCCUGCGUGUCGGCGAACCCCGGGUUCGAGGACCUCCGCCGCACCCCGGACUUGGAGGCCAAGGACAGCGAGGUGGACACCGCGGGAGUGCUGGACCCGUCGCAGCACAAGCUCAUGGCCUUCCAGAAGCCCCCCAUCGGGUACAAGGACUACGAAUACUUCCUGGGACCGCGUCGCACGGGAGAUCUCUACGCCGACAACGACCUCGGGGCCACCUCGGCACUGAAGAUCCACGGAGAGGGCAACUUGGCGGCCCUGAACAGGCCGGUCACUGGCGUCGCCCACAAGCCUCUGCCCUGGUACGGCGACUACUCCAGCAAGCUCCUGGCCAGUGCGCCCAUGUACCCCUCCAGGUCCUAUGAUCCCUACAUCCGCCGGUACGACAGGUACGAUGAGCAAUACCACCGCAACUACCCGCAGUACUUUGAGGACAUGUACAUGCACCGCCAGCGCUUCGAUCCGUACGACAGCUACAGUCCCCGGAUGCCGCAGUAUCCGGAUCCGUACACCAUGUAUCCGGAUCGGUAUCCGGACUCGCCGUCAGUGCGGGACUAUGCCAAAAUGCGGCGCGGAUUCAUCGAGGAGCCCAUGGCGCCGGUGGACUCCUACAGCAGCAGCAAGUACGGCUUCUCGAAGCAGUCGGAUCUGGCCUUUCCGGCCCGGAACGAGCGGAUCGUAUACUAUGCCCACCUGCCGGAGAUCGUGCGGACACCCUAUGAUUCUGCGGCCCCCGAGGAGCGGAACUCCUCGCCGUACAAGCUGAACAAGAAAAAAAUUAAAAUCAACCAGCGACCUAUUGCGAAUAAUGCUACCACCUAUAAGAUGACGUUGUAGAGGUCAAAUAGAAAUUACGACAUUUUUUUUUAUUCAUUAUACGACAGCACUUGCAUCUGCGACCCAUAGAGAUAAGCACCACGUUCAGCGUUUGGAAUAUUUCAUUACUUGUAUGCAAUCACAACAUUAAAUUAAAAAUACCCAUAA